CUUGAUUCACACAUGGCCCUUACGUAGGGACAUUUGGAGUUGUGAGCGCUGUUGUUCAGACAUGGCGGGUACAGACAUGGACCCCGAAGUGGCCCGAGGGUUGUUUGAGGAAGGAGCCACGCUGGUUUUGCUCGGAGUUCCUGAAGGAACUGAACUGGGACUUGACUACAAAACAUGGACUUUGGGUCCUCGUUUCCGCGGGGUGAAGAUGAUUCCCCCGGGCCUUCACUUCCUCCACUACUGCUCCGUCAGCACCAAUGGAGGCUGUGGUGAAAUCAGCCCCAAAACCGGCCUGUUCCUGUCCCUGAAGCCUCGGCAGGUGCUUGUAGCGCACUGGAACAAGAGCGCAGAUGAUUUGGAGAUCUCUCAGAACUCUGAGGAGGUAGAGCGCGUACGGGCCAAUCUAAAAGAGCUGGAUCGCUAUUUAGGGCCGUACCCCUAUGAUACCCUCCGGAAGUGGGUUUCUCUGACUGACAGACUCAGUCAGGAGGUGGCUGUGGCCCUGCAGCCCCUCAGUGGACGUGUGUGCGCCUUCAGCGACGUCAUCCCAGUGCUGCAGCUGACCCACACUAAAGAUCGGGUCCAGCAGAACCUGUCCCGCAAUGAUCAGGAGUGCCAAAGUAUGAAGGAGGGCUUGGACCGGCUGCCACAGAUGAAGCAGAGGGAAGGCACGGAGCUGCGGUUUUCCAGCAUCCCCAAGCAGGCGUAUCCUCCUGGGGCAACACCCGCUCAGAUCACCCAGUACAGCAUGGACCGCAGUUACACACUCAAUGCGGUACUGGAGAGACAUUAUAAAGAGCAGCCUCUCAAUGUACUUGGAGAGCUGCAGUUUGCAUUCGUCUGCUUCCUGGUUGGGAACGUCUAUGAGGCCUUCGAGCACUGGAAAAGCCUGCUGGCUCUGCUAUGCCGCUCUGAGGAGGCCAUAAAGGACAGGAAGGAGCUUUAUCUGGGUCUCAUCGCUGUCCUCUACCAUCAGCUGGGAGAAAUCCCUCCAGACUUCUUCGUGGACAUCGUGUCCCAAAGCAACUUCCUUACCUCAACUCUUCAGGACUUUUUCCAGUUUGCCAGCAGCCCGGGGGUCGACAGCACAUUACGGAAAAGAGCGGAAAAAUUUAAAGUCCAUCUGACCAAAAAGUUUCGAUGGGACUUUGAUGCGGAUCUGGAGGAUUGUGCUCCGGUGGUGGUGGAGCUUCCAGACGGGGUCACCGUGGACUAACACUGCUCCAUACACUGCUUAUCGUUACUUAAAGAAACGGUGCAGUACACACUGUGGGCAGAUCCACAGAAACUACAUUUUUUUUAUAAUGUUUUCAUGUGAAUAUAGAUGUGAUGAAUAUACACAUCCGUCAUAUACACCUGCAUCUGGAUCCCCUCCUGUCAUUUUCUCAAAACUAUAUGAUCAUUCCGUUUUAUUAAAGCUAAUUAUUAUAA